ACGCGCACCGCGCGCUUCUUCGAGUCAGGGCAACCCUGGCUUUGUGUGGGAUUGUCGAUCGUCUAUACUGUAUCCAAGCUAGGCCGCGCUGUGAAGGAUUUUCUCUCCUUCCGUCGGACGCUGAUAUGGCCAAUCACGAGACUGCGCCUCUCCUUCCAUUGGUCGCGCCACGGCAAGCAUACCGCUUUAUCACAAACGUCAAACAUGGCAGGCUGGUCGAGCAAAAUACUUACGUGUCGGACCGUUUUCGUCAGAAAUAUCACAGAGAAGAUCAUCGACGCCGCACAAUUGUGUAUACAUCGCUAUACGAGCAUCUUACUGGUAUUCCCCCGCUCACGCUAUAUCUCCCUUGCCAAGUUAGAACAUCAUGGCGGGCAUCAUGUGCUGCUGGGCAAACGUCAACAAGGAGGCUGCGAAAUGGUACGAAGAGGAGUGGGUCCCACGCAUGCGCAACCCAAAUAUUGCACACAGCAUACAUUGCGAGGUCACGGCGAGUGGCAUGGAGAAUGAGCCAGUGGGCAAGCUCGACUCGCCGUGGCCAUACAUGACCAUUUACGAAGUGAGCAAUGUCGACCAAGCAAACAAAGAUAUGGCAGACAAAACCUACAGUCCACCUGAUAACGUCCUCGCCGGAGCUCUCAAGGAGGCGCGCUUCGACGUCCGAACCUAUCGCGAGGUGAAGCGAUGGCAGGAUGAAGAGUGGGAAGGUGAGGGUGGUAGUGAAGAUAUCGAACAUGUUGCGAGUGUGGCGGCAAUGGAAUGGCGCGUUCCCGCCGACAAAGAAGAAGAGGUUCUAAAGUACUACAUGGAAGUUGUCGGCCCCACGAUAGCCAGUUCCCCGGAUGUCUUGCGUUUCCGCCUUUUCACAGUCGACCGUGCGGCAAGCAUCAACGGCAGCUCGCGGUCGUGGUGA